AACCGGUGCAGAUGAUGACGAUCAACCGACGCCGGUUGCGAGUUUCGCUAGAAUAAACGAUUUCGUCAGUUGUUCGGUAGAUUUUCAACGGCCCCAUUAAAUCAGUGUAUUAGUCGGGACGGGAGGCUGUGCGUGCGUACCCGUACCGAUCGUUCUUGUGGGGGCCAUUAGGACUGAAGUGAAGUUUUAUAUUUUGUAUACACAAUCAUUUCGCAGCGCUGGCUGCAGCAGUGGUGAUGAUCCGCCGGCUAUUGGGAAAACGAUCUUAGAGCUGUUGGUAGUGGCGGACGAUGGCUAAUGGAAAUCGAUAAUCGUAAAUCGUGACUGGAUUGGGGGGUUGGAUUGGAGUGGAUACGUGUAUUUCAGAUGGAUGUCUAACGGUGCAUUCGAAUAGUGUUUGGGGUGGAUGCUGGAAAAGUCUCGGUGGGCUGUUUGACUGCAGUUGAUUGAUUUGGUGGUGAGUUUUUGGGGGACUAGGUUGUCAGUUUUUGCGGUGACAUAAGGGACGUUUUGAGAGCGAGAGAGUGAAAAUGAGAGUGAGUUCCGGUCGGACAGGAAGUGUGCUGUUGCGCGUUUUUGGGGAAAAGCCUCCAUCGGUUCGGGAGCAGCCGUUCAGUGAGUGAAGACCGAUAAAGGAAUGCGGACCGCAGCAGCGACGACGGUGACGACCAAGACCAAGACCGAGACGACAGAAGAACCCCGUCAGCAGCAGCAUCAGCAGGUCUCGACGGAUUUGGUCAGGCGGCAGUGCUGGAGUGAGUGUGGUGCGUGACACCAUCAUCAUCAUUAUCAUCAUCAAUAGCAGCAGCAGCAGCAGCAGCAGCAUUUCUUCCUUUCUGCAAAGCUCCGUCGAAAGUCACACCACUGCUAGUGGGCAAGUGGUGGAACGGAUUUUCAGUUGAUUGUCUUGUGAAUUGAAUUGGUUGAAAUGGUUCCUGUUGCCCGGAAGAGGAUUGCCCGUGUGCAUUUUCACGAGGAACACUAGGCUGCUGAACCGUGUAAGUGUGGACAAGAAUAGGCCAAGUGGAUAUAGGAAAAGCCCCCGUUUGAAGAUAUCGAAAAAGCUUGCUGGACCGCAUGCAUGGGGGUGGAAACCUUUGGGGACCUCCAAUGGACUUCUGUGAACAGUGAUUUAAGUUUUUUCGUGAUUUGUUGAGAAGGACUUUGGUCAAGGCGAAAAGGAUUUGGUGUUCCGUUUUUUUUUGUCAAGGGAUUCUCUCCUGGUGGUGGCUGCCUGCUUCUUCUUCGUCUCGGAUGGCAGAGAAGUGAGUGUUCUUGGUAUUGUUCCUGGCGCUGGUGCUGAUGCUGUUCUCUCGCGAACAUCUCUCCCUCUCGGUGUGUUUAUAUUAAAUUCGUUGCUGAGUUUGUCGUCUGGUGGCGCUUCCUGCCAAGGAUGGCCUGGUUGGUGCUCGAAGAAAAAUAUAGGCUACUCGGUGUUCAAUAGAAAAUCUCCGGAAGAGAGCGAGUUGGUCAAGUUAUUCCCAUUUUUUUAUGGUGGUGGUAGUCACACACUACAGUGUGACCUGUAGUCGAGAGCAUGUGUGCCACGAGUGGCUGAGUGUUUAGUGGAGGAAAAUCGAGGGUGGUGGGUGGAAAAACAACACGCGAAAAGAAAAGUGCUGGUAUUCGGUGGUCGUGAAUGUUGAUGAGUUUCUCCCAUUACGCCUAGGAAAAAUCAGUUGGCUCUCCAAGGAAGACGCAGACGAGAGUGAGUCACCACCUAUGUGAAGGAAUUUUCAAAAUAGAAGAGAAUCGUGCAGUGAGUGGGAGAGUGCGGGAGCGAGUUUUGGAAAUCGAAAAGAGUCACCCGGAGAAUCCAGCAGGAGUGAAGUGGCGUUUUAAUCAGUGACCUCGUAGUACGCAUGAGUUGUGAUAUCGAUUGAUUGCGCACGCAAAGGGUUUUGCUCGCCGCGCCAUCUCGCUACAGUGUACUCUGUAAUGCCGUUUGGGGCCAUCAUCGAGAAGCAGGGAUCGGCAUCCUGCAGCGCGUAGCCGUAGCCGCGGAUGAGCGAAAAGUUUGACGGACCGUUGUCUGUAGCCGUCCCAGAAUCACGGUUCGCGUCCUAUCCGAAGGAAUUCUUCCAGCCAACGGGCCUAUUCCGGUCGCGAGUGCUAGUGUUUAGUGUCGAAAAACCCAGCAGUAGCAGUACUAGUGUGUGCGAUCAAGAUGGCCGCAAGUGUUCCACGACGACGAGCAGUGUCAGUGUUGAGAUACAGUGCUACAGCCAGCUACAGCAGAAUACCGUGUUCCGUUGCGGCAGUGCAGCGAUACCACUAAGAAGCAUACGCAAGGACGUUAGAAAACUGAGAUGAUGGGGCCAUGAGCCCGAGCCCCGAGGUCAUCAAGAGUCGCAAGUGCGUCUCAAGCGGGCCUGCACCAUGCUAGCGCCGCCGAACCCGAGGUCAAUAUGCGGCCAGGACCCGGGCUGGUCGUGAUGGCGCUUGCGUUUAUUUCGGGGGCUCGGCGAGGCACCAGUCAACAGAGCAGUGCCAGUCAAGGUAGCAAGUUGGGCAAAUUUGAGGAAGACAAUACGGAAGCACUAUCACGGAUAAAUCCGUGGUUGUCAGCGUGCGAUCUGGCGCAACCCAACUCAGCACCGGAUCUCCAGGGUCAAUGUUCAGCCGGUACACUGCCUGUGGCCUGGAUAGACGAAGGUCCUGGUCCACCGCGGUGUCCACCGCCAUGCUCGGCUAAGUCUAAUAAUAAAAAUAGUAAAUAUAAGGCAACCCAUAUUGAUAAUACUAAAUAUAGCAUGGAGAACCGGUUAAAUGAUAAACAACAGUGCCUUGACUAUUUGGGCGACAAUGAAGAGAGUCCAGCACAAAUUUGUAAAAAAUCGCCGUCAGAUAUUGCGACCAAGUUGAAAACGUUACGUUUAAGACAUUGUUGUGAACGUACUGUUGGCAGCGCGCUGCACAACGAGGCGUACGCCAGAGUGUUGAGCGGUGGUUCAGACUGUGUUAGGAUGCUGAGUGACCUGCUGGAGACGGACGCGCUGGCCGCCAGGAUCACCUGCGAGUUCACCGAGGUGCUGGUGCGGUACGACUGCGGACAGCCGUACUCGAUUAUCCACCAUUGCGAAGACUGCAAGGAGGCAUAUCGAAGGUGGGGUUGCACCAUUUUACUGCCAUACUUUGCGACGACGGAGGAGGUGGCCAACAUGAGUAGCAGUUGGGACAGCAGCGGAAGCACCAGUGGUAGCAGUUCCCGAAUAGGCUCCUCUAGCACCAGCAACAUAAGUGUUAACAAUAAAACCGGAAACGACGGUGAACGACGGUCGUCCCAGGGUAAACCGAACGCCACCUACCCGCCGCGGGACGUGCCGAAAAAGCAGACUGAACCAAAAUUGAGCGAUCCGAAGAAGCAGCAACUAGUAAAAGAUAUAUCAAUCGGAGUGAAGAGCUCGCGCCGAAAAACGCAACGAGUACGAAUACGACCGUGUCUAGAUGUAUGUCAAACCGUGGAGCAAAAGUGUCCGUAUAUGCUGCCGGGUGACCGGGCGCCAGCGUUACCCACCCAGUACGCCGGCGAGCCGACGUUUCUCUGUCGAGAUCUGAACAUUCAGGAAACGGGCGAACAAUUGCUGAAGUCCAAUAGUGGCCCGACGGAGUGCUGCUACGACUACUGUGGAUCGAUUCCCCAGUCGGGUGUCUGUGCAAGGUGUGACCCGCUGCUACACGACGAAGAUGACGAUACUGCAGACGAUCACACAGAGGCGGAUAUGAGAAAUGAUGGUCCUACUAGUGGGAAGGCUUCACUCGCCAACAGCACGAGUGCCAUCAGUAGGAGCAGCAGUAGUAUGAACUUCGAUGACAGUAGCAGCAGCAGUAGACGAAGGAAUCUCCUCGAAGAGCUACGGUUCAACAGUGAGCUGCCGCCCCGAUUAGCCACGUGUCCGAGUAUAACAAGCGCAACAACCCCGUCACCACCUUCGGAACAGUGCAAAUCAGCGCAGCAGCUUCUGCUUCAACGACAACCACAGCAGCAACAAUCCAGCAAUCCAGAUGCUGCUGUUACUUUUCCAUCAGUGGCACCGUCAUCGGCAUCGACGGUGGCCGCUGUAACAACGACGACGACGGCGGCGACGGUGGCGUCCUCGUCAGCUUCAUCGCUAGCAUCAUCGUCAUCACUUAUUAAACUAACUAGUAUAAAGUCGAUUUAUAACGUUUAUUUUAAUAAUUCGUGGACGAUGAGGUUGCGAUUUUUAGACGAAUUUGUCGCAUGGACGAAGAUCCUACUUCAACUGGCCGGGUUAUAGUUAAGGCAAAACCUUUGGGCGCUAACCGGUUCAGUCGAAUGAACACACAAUCACUACACACUCGGAAACACUCACACACUUGGGUACACACACUUGACGACGGCACAUCGUCAAGCGCGCUAACACGAAACCGAAAUUCGCCCAACAAAAAGGAACUUCUCGAGAAAAAGCUAAACAAACAAAAACCAACUCAGUGUUAAACGAAACAACAGAAAACCCCGAAUUGUAACAUCAAAUAAACAAAUAAUAAGAAAGCAAAAGCACAAACGCCCGAAGAAGAAACAGAAGGAGAGUUGAUCGAUCAAAAUGUCCGAUUUGCAGUGCGAAUCCGCGAUCGAUCGAAACGGGAGCCGAUAGCAACAACAGCAACAGCAAACAUCAACAAACACAAAACAAAACAGAUGAUUAACAGAUUGAAGCACAAAAAUGUAAUGCCCAGCUGCCGCCGCUCUUCUCGCGAGCUCCCGGGUGCCACUCGGUUGAUCGUUCUGCGAAAUUGUGGCGCGACGACGUGGAUUGAUCCGAGUUUGGCGGAUUGGGUCCAUUGCGCGCGCGCUUUGGCCGUGUCAGUUGCUGGGAAGGAAAACAAACAAAAUUUCCAGCGGAAAGUAGCGUGUCGUGUGCGUGCCGUCGCGAGUGCUAGUUAUACUGAGAAUUUUCACGACGGGAAUUGGCUGUGUUUUGGGGUCGAGGAGGGUGUUUAAGAUGUUGAUUUUUCCUGGGCUUUGUUCUAGGGGGGGUUUGAUGACGAUGCAUAGAGAAGAGGAGCGAUCGCAGGUGGCACCCCAGAGCUAGUGGUAUGCGGUGGCGUGGAAGAGCGGGAGAAUAAUAAACGGAAAAUGGACAAUUUUAGGUGAAAUAUUAAAGAAAUUAUUAAUUGUUAAGUAAAGUGAGAAAACUAAUAGACGUAAACGAAAGCUAACAGUAGAAGAAGAUAAGACAUGAAAAGGUUCAACAGAUAAACAAAAAUAAGCAGUUUUUACAAGAUGCUGAAACAACACGUGUAAGCAAACAAGUAUUUUUCGAGUUCGAUUUUUUCCGUUGUUAAGUUUCAAACUAUUUUCGAGCAUUUUAGUGGAGUCAACAGCAAACCGAAACCAAACCAGUGAAAACAAAACAGAUGUACAUCGAGCCGGAGCGGUCGUCGUGAGCAAAGGUUUGGCUUGAUACAUUUCUUGGUAAUUCUAUCGCUGCCAAUUGUAAUGACGAUGAGAAUUGUUUGGACGGAGCUAAAAUCAUAGAGAUCCAUUAAUUGAUGUCGGCUUUGGAAAGCACAAGGAGAGUACACCGGAACCAGUGAAACAGUGCGUAAAGUGGAGACAGGAAAAAGUAGGAAAAACACGGUUUUUGAGUACAUUGAAGUCGCUGCUAUUAUAAUUAGUCCGUCAAUUUUUACAACAAUCGUUGUUAGUUGAACAUACCAAGAACACGUGUGCAUAAUAUGAGGGAGAAAACCUGUAAGGAGGAGACACGAAGAUCUAGACCUCCCUCAAUGGACUUGUAAAAUCUAGUGAACAAAUCAAGGAAAAAAUCCACCAAUAAACUCUACUUAUUUAAUCGUGAAAGGUAAAUGCACUAGUGGGAAUUAGAAGCCAAAACAAACAUAACAGAGUACAGUUUCUUAACUUUUAUACACGUUGUUGAGAAACAAAGCGCAUCAAGCCGAUUGAAAUGCUGUUGUUUUUCACAACCCCAACACUUUCACGUUUCCGUGAACAAAAAUGUCAUCAAAUCGUGUAUGCAUCUUUUUGACCGAUGUACGAACGUGCGAGAUCAGAUUGCACGAAUAUCGGCUCACGUGAAGAAAUCCAUAGAAGGCAACUCUUCACAAACACUCACCCUUACAAACCUAUCGUAAAUUGUAAACCUUAGAUCGAACAAAGUGAAAUUAGAAUAAACGGUCAUAAUGUUUGAAAAUCGCUGUGUCGUAAAUUGUCGAGUCAAAUUCCUGGCACGAACCUUCUCUGCCGAACUUGGUGGGGCCCAACGAUGGUGUAGGGCUGGGACCUUCGAUUGGUCCAUCUCGAGCCAUUUUAAAAUCCAAAAACCCAAUCUCGACGGCAGUUGGACAGGACCAGACUAGGAAUAGAAACAAAUCAUUCGGCCCAAGCCAACAGAAGAACAUACGAAAUAUCUACUGAAGAACAUCAAUAUAAGGAACUUGCUCCGGUCAUCGGUUGCGACCGUAGCACAGAAGGAAAAGAGAACCUAAAGAAUAAUAAUAAAAACAAAAUUGUUAACGUUCGAAAAGCCAUAUUUUUAGCAUUUAAAUAGUAAUUAAAACAAAUGAAAUUAUAAUCAAUAUUUGUUACAUAAAUGUGAGAUUUAAAACGAAAGCUGAAACGUAGAAGAGAAAACAAACCAAAAGAUAAAGCUAACGAGAGAACACGGCAUAGGAAGAAGCAGCAACAAACAAUAAAGGACAUCGUUUAGCCAUAACCUACAAAACGAACGGAAUGGUUGAGAAUCCAAAACAAACACACACAGUGAAACAUACCCCUAGUGACGUCACCAAGUUGUAAUGUUAAUCGUGUAGGCCAAGUGGUAAACAAAUAAACAAAAAUUAAGCAGAGGAAACCCACCCAAAGUUUUUUCGAGAGAUCCUAAGUUUACACUGCUAGUGCCCAGAAGCGCGGUAUUGUUGAGUUUUGAUUUUUGUCUAUUUAUUAUGCAUAUAUUUUCGAAUGUUUAUUUUUAUAGAGAUUGCAGAGUAAAAACUAACAGUGUUAAUAGUAAGUAGAACGACGUCCUAACAUCAGAAAGCGUUAAAAGGCAUCUGAAAACUGAAGCGAAUCGGAAUGAGAAGGGAAAAGAGAUGCCAACAGAGCAGAACAGAUGUUAAUCUAAGAAUUAUUAGUGGAAAACACAGGAGGAUUAGGUCCACACUGAAACAAAAAAUAACAAACCUAGAGUGUAUAGAUUGAAUUUGUACUAUUUUUUAGGAAUAAACAAUAAAAGAAGACAACAGCACAAACACAAACACUCACAAUUGACACUCUCUAUCUCUUUCCCUUAUCACACGAACAACAAAGAAAAGUAGCGAACACGAGAGCUCGUUCGAAUCCGAGACGUCAUAAUUGUACAGUAGACGAUAUUGAAAGAAACUGUUUCGAGCUCUUUCUGUUUUAGUUCACCGCCGAAAAUCCGAUGCUACGUUCACGUAGCAUGAAGUUUACGUACAUUUAAACACUCGAAACAACAACUACUACUUAGCACUUAGUAAUAAAUUGGAGGAAAGUUGUGGAAAUCGUUCUUCCUGCGAAAAGGUGAAAACAUUGAACACAACAACAAACAAACAAAAAAUAAUUGAUUGCAAUUAUUCUACUAGUGACGAUAAAUUAAAAGGCAAAAAAUAAACAACAGAACAAAGAAGGCAUUAAUGCAACAUGCAAGAGACAGAAAACGAAAAAGGAAAUCAAAUCUAUUACAUAUAAAGAAACAAAACAAGUAUAUCUCUAUCUAAGAACACUUUAUAAACUUAUCACUAAGGCGACGUGGAAAUAAAAACAGAACAUAGCACAAAUAAGACACAGCGAGAAAAGAGCAAAAACAGAGGAAAGGAAAAAGACGCCCGCAGAUUUGCAAUAAUCGAUUUCGCGAUCGCACUCGUACAUACACACAAGAACACACAAACACACACAUACACACAUUUCGGAAAGCUUUUAGCCAUAGCCAGUAGCAACACACAACUCGAAGAGAAUCAGAAAGCACAAAUCUUUUUCGCCUAACCUCAACACGCAUCACCAUUGCGCACCAAUUUCCGUUCCGAUUUCCGGCAAACUGGUUGCAGUUCAAAAAUAGAUGACGGCUUUUGUUUUCCGACGAACUCAGAUCAUCAGAUCAGCUGCCGUGUUACAACAACCGUUACAGGAAUUUUUCGACUUGUUAGACUGGAUGGACUGGACGUUACGACUGUGAACAGUGGACAGGUUUACUUUUCAGUUUGGAGUGGAAGCCUGAUCAGUGGAAAUGAGACUAAACCAAAUCAAGUUUUUUUUUUUGGAAACUUUAAUGUUUAUUUGUGUUUUUCACAUGAAAUUGUGAAUUGUUUAUUGUUUAAUCCAUAGAGAAAUCUCAGGAGGAGUUUCUGAAAGGAAUGACGAAAAUCUGGAAGGACUCCAAAUAACAGUCCUGGAUGGACUCCCAUGAAGAUUUCCUGGAGAUUUUUUUUUUUAAUUUGAAGGAACCCCGGGAAGAACUCAUAGACAAAAAAUAUGAAAGGUAUCUUUGAGGGAGUGUCGGGAUGAUAAUAAAAGAAUGUCGAGAGGAGUCCCGGAUGAAAAUCGAGAGAGGAUACCCAGGAAGUAUCCCUACAAAACUUCCAGAAGGUAUUCCAGAAGGUAGAGAAGUUUAGAGAUUCACAUUUGAAGAAAUCUGUGAAUGAGUUCCAAUAGAAAUUUCAGAAGGACCUCCAGAAAGAAUAUCUAAAAGAUUCACAGGAGAAAUCCCGGAUGGAAUCUCUUCAAAAAUUCUGCGAGGAAAUUCAUUGCGGAGUAACAAGAGAUGUUCCUGUAACAAUCCCUAAAGGGGCACUAGGACGAAUACAGGGAUCCCGAGAGAUCCCAGAAGGUAGUCCUGAAAGAAUCCGAAGUGAAAUAACCAUUGAAAUCUUUGAAGAAAUCUCUAACAGGUCAGGGAGAAUAUCGAUAGAAAUCUGUACAGGGACCACAGGAAGAAUCUACAAAGGAAUAUCUACAGAAAUCAACAAGUGGCUCCUACCGAGGUUAGGAAAUUGAGGGAAUCACUAGUAUCACCUAUCCGGAUGACCAAGACGGAGAGUCCCUUUCGAACCUGACAGUUUUCAAUUUUUAUUAAAACUUUCAACUUGUUGAUUUGUGUAUCGAGUCCUGAGAAAGGUCCAAUAGCCGGACCGAAACGUCGGCGAUGAUAAUCAACUAAUCGACGUUAUUCAUAAGACUGUAAGCCGGAAACGAACAAAAUCAAGCUAUUAACCAGUCAAAAAAGUCCUCCACGGAAUCCACAGAAGAAUCCAUGAAUCUCCGGAACAUAACUAAGAAGAAUCUAUAAGAGGUUUCUGAAAGGAAUUUCUAGAAUAAUCCUACGAAAAACAAGUAUAAAAAUCUAGAGAGGCAUCCUGAAAGAAAUUCCGAAACUCAUUCCUGGAGAAAUCACCGUGAGGAAUCUCUAGAGGAAGUCCAAGAAGAAUACCGAUAGGGAUUCCCAGAAAAAUCCCUAGAGAGAUUUCUACAGGUAUCUCGUGAAUAGUUCACAUAGGAAUCCAGACAAACAUCCCUGAAGGAACCCUGGGAAAAUUUUCAAAAAAGAGCUCCGGAGAAAAAUCCUGAAAGUAGUCCGAGAGAAAUUCCUAUAAAAAUCCCUGGAAGAAUCCUGGAAAUAAUCCCGAGAGUAUUCCCCAAAGCAAUUCCUGGAGGAUUCCCGACAUCAAUCCACAGAGGAAUCGCAUCAAGAAUACCGAGGAGCAUCCCGUGAGGAAUCUCUGGAAAUCUUUACAGGAAGAUAGAUAACCCUAAAUGAUUUCCGCGCAGGAAUCCCUUGGAUAAUCCACAGAGGAAUCCUGAAUGGCAGCCUUUGGAGAAACUCUGGAAUAACCUCUAAAGGAAUCUCGGUGGGAAAUCUGGAAGAUUCUUUAGAGAAAUUCCUAUAAUAAUCUUAGGAACAAUCCUGAGAAGAAUCCACAGGGCAAUUCCUACAGAAAUCCCAGGAAGGUUUUUGACAGAGAUAACGAAAAGAAUCCAAAGAGGAAUCUUUUCUGAUAUUCCGAGAAGCAUCCCUUCAGGAAUUUCUGGAGAUUCCUACAGGAAGAAAAAGAUCCCUACAGGAAUCACGCGAGGAAUCCACAGAAAUGUCCUGAAAGACGUCCAUGAAAAAAUCCUGGAAAAAAUCUCUAAAGGAAUCCCGGAACGAAAUCCUGGAAGAAUCCGGAGACCAACUUGUAAAAAAAUCCGGAGAGAAAUACAAGAAUCUCAGGAGGAUCUCCAACAGGACUCCUGAAAAAAAUCCACGGAGUCCCGAGAGGUGAUCCCGGAAGAAAUCUUUGGAGGAAGUUCUAUAAAACCCCAAAAUGGAUCCCUGCAGGAUCCCCAGGAGAAAUCCACAGAGGAAUCCCGACAGGCGUCUUUGAAGGGAUCCAGGAAAGAAUCUCUGAAUCCUUGGAGGAAGUUCUGAUAUAAUCCCGAGUGAAGUUCAUAUAGGAAUCCUUGGAGGAAUUCGACAGGAAUCCACAGGGCAACCCCUACAGGAAUCCCGGUAGGAAUCCUCAGAGGAAUUUCUAUAGGAAUCUCGAGAGAACCCCACUGAGUAAUCCCGAAAGGCACCCCUGGAGAAAUCCUGGGAAGAAUAUUUGCAGGAUUCCCGGUAGGAAGUCCUGAAAGAAACUCAAAAGAAAUCCCUAGAGAGGUUUCUGGAGGAAUCUUUGAAAGAUACCCAGAAGAAACCCCCAGAUGAAUUUCUGGGCUGGAAUUUGGCUUCCCUGGAGGUAUCCCGGAAGAAAUAUCUAAUGAAACCCGAAGACGGAGGGUUGGAAAAAUUCCGAGAAGAAUUGCCAAAGGUAUCUUGGAAUGAAUCCAUACAGGAAUUCUGAAAGAAUUAACAGACGAAAUCCGCCGAGGAAUACUUAUAGGAAUCUUGAGAAGCUUAUUUAGAGGAAUCCCGUGAGAAAAUUCUUAAGAAAGUCCUGAAAAAAUCCCGGGAGAAGUCUCUAGAAAAUCCCAGGAGGAAUCCCAACCGGAAUCUUGGAAAGAGUUUCGGAGAUAAUUCAUAAAUCAUAUUCUAAUAGAUAUCCCUAAUAUGUCGGGUAGGAGUCUUGGAUGAAUUACGAAAAAAAAAAUCUUAAAAACCCUGGAGGAAUCCCUACAGGAAUCCUUAGAGCAAUCCUUAUAUAAUUCCUUGGAUGAAUCAUGCAGGAAUCCUGGUAGAAAACCAAAUAGAAAUCUCUGGAAGGAAUCUCUUGAGGAAUCCUGGAAGGAAUGCCGGAAGGAAUCCCUUCAGGAGUCCCAAGAGAAUCUCUGGAGAAACUCCCGGAAUAAUUUCUAGAGCCCUAAAGUCCUAAAAAAAUACCGAGAGGGAUUCCUAGAAAAAUUUUGAGAGAGAUUCCUACCGGCAUCAAGAGACAUCAUCAGAGGGGAUCCUGUGAAGAAUAUCUAAAGGAACUCUGGAAAAUAGUCCUGAAAUUCGUUCGAGAGGAAUCUCUUCGACAAACCCAGGAGGAUGUUUAACCCUUAUGUGGCCGGGUACCCAGCGCCCAUUUUAAAAGCACAGUGUAGAAAAAAAGCAAAAAGUUUGUCGGACACAUAACGGUUAAAAUAAAUUCUAAGAGAAAUCUACAGAGGAUUCCCUACAAGACUUUAAAGAGACAUACCUGGAGAAAUCCUGGGAGGAAUUCUUCUGGAAGUCCUAGAAGAAUACCGAGAGGAAUCUCUAGAAAAAUCCUGAUAGGUAUUCUUACAGGAAUCCUAGAAGGAAUCCCAGAAAGAAUCCACUGAAGAAUCAGUACAGGAAACCCAGGAGGAUUUAAAAAAAAUAAUGGAAGAAUUCCAGAACAAAUUUCUACUGGAAUCCUGGAUAGAAUUCCGGGAGUAUACAAUGGAUGAAUCCGUACACGAAUUCCGGAAGGAACCUCUUGAGGUAUGCUUGGAAAUAUCUCGGGAAAGAGUCUUAGAAAAAUCGCGAUAGAAACCCCUAAAGAAAUCGCAAGACGAAUCUCUUGAAAAAUCCCAGGAUGAAACCUAAUAGAAUAUCGAAAUUUUGUCUGUGAGCUUGAUUAUUGAAGUCUACUUAAAUUCAAAGAGAUCAUUAGUAAAAGCUUUGUAUUGAAAAAAAAAUCGAGCUCAGAGAUUGAUUACUAGGUUUCUCUAUUUUUUUAGCAAUACUUGUAGAUUGUUUAAAUUAAAAAUUCAGAAGAUGCUGGAUACUCACUUAAAACAUUUAAGCUGAUCAGAACACCAUUCGACGACACUGGACAGUUUGACGUGACGUAAACUUUAACUGGACGGCACAGACUGCUCCAAGAACCUCCAACUGACCGAAGUGAGCAAACGGAAAUUAGAAACCCACGAUAAUAGCGAAAGAGACAUGGAAAUAACAAUAUAUUAGAUAAAUAAAGAAAAGAACAAAAGCAGAAAAAAGAAUCUUGAAUGUGUUUUAUAGAAGAAACUGAAAAAUAGAUAAAAAAUUUACAUAAAAUAAAACACAAGAAAAACCAGAAAACCAAAUAAAAAAUGAAAAUCGUACCGUAGCUGAAACAAAAAAAAAAAGUUAUAAAAAAAAGAAAAAAAUGAGAAAAAAUUGUUAAGUACAGUUAUCUAAUUCUACAGCAAAGCAUUAAUGAAAAUAAUAAUAAAAGAAGGCUAGGCAUGAACAGAGUUCACCGAAUUACCAAUUAUGGGUGUAUUUCGUUUACUUUUCCGUUCAGUUUACUUUAUGUUAUACUGAGCAUUAUCUGAAAGAAGAGGGUAAUGAAAUAAAAAAAAAUCAGACUUAAACGCUAAAACGUCAAACACAUACAUACACACCUAAGAAAAACACUCGAGUGGAUUAUGAGAAACAAAAACAAAAAAGGAUGAACAUUUAAUAGCAAUCGCCCCCGCCACAGAAUCGAAUAAGAAACAAAAAAAUAUUGUAACGAAAAUUACAGUAUAAAAUAAUAAAAAAAUAGUUCAAGCAGCGCACCGUCUUCGUAAGGUACGUUCUGACUGUCGCGAAUGUAAUAAAUACAAACGGAGCCUACCAAACGGAAACAGCGGUGCAUGGUAAAAAAUCUCGAAGCCUAUCGACAGGCACGCACAUUACAAAUAAACUAAUAAGAUUGAAACAAAAAACAGACACUAGCGAACUACACAAGACACUGACAUUCAAACAUACGGAUACACAUUCACGGAAAAUAAACACAGAAGACAAACAUAAACACACAGACACAGAUACGUUAUCAUAAGCCGAAUCAUUAACAGCAACAGAAACAACAACUAAAAUUGGAAAUCAAUACUACACAUUAAACUACAAUGUAGAGUGUUAAGGCGAAACGAAUUACCAUUUAACAGCAGAAAACAGAAAAAAAAACAAGUGAAAUAUAAAUAAUCGAGUUCAAGAGCAAAAGAAAAAAAAAGAAAAUCACAGUCCUGAACUUUUUAGUUUGUAGAACUGUUUGUUACCUAUGUUUCAGUAAAUAAGAGAAAGAAAAUAACAAAAAAGUAUAUAUACGAUGUAUUAGUAGGAAUUUACUCUGAUUGAAAAUUGUUGCAAAUCGGAUCCACGGAAGAGUAGAUUAAUAUUAAACAAAUAGGAAACAAAAUAAAAUGAGAGAAACUCACCCACACAUACUUAAAAACAAAAAAAUCUAUAUCUAAGCAUUAAUCUGGAUGAAGGAAAAAAAACUAGGAAAUUUAACAAGUACAUUAAAAUGAGAACUGGAAACAACCAAAAAAAAAGUUGAAUGGUGCGAAGCAGAAGAACAAGAACAGAAGCAAGUAAGCAAACGAAUACUACUGUUUGGAACCGAACGAAGACCCAACCCGAGGAACAAGAAAACAAGAAGAUCAAACACCCUAAAAAAGGAAGAAACCUAAGAAGAAAAACGAGUGGAAAUCACACCGAGUCACAUCCGCAGAUAUGAUGCGCGGGAAGCAAAGAGAAAAAAAAACAACUAGAAGAUCUUCGUUUUUGUUUUUCGUCGAAUUGAGGCUAAUUUGUAUAUAAUUUCACACCGCUUCUGUAUACUUUUAAAACAACAAUGCUGUUCAUAUUUAGGAAGGUAAUCAACAACAAUGCCAACCAAACCAGUAAGAGGAACACAAAAUGAAACAGUGUGGAAGUGAAGUGGAAAAACUAUGAUUAAAGAGAAUAACAUGAGAGAAAAAUA